GAGCAGUGGUCGCCGGGGCACCGUGGCACGCAAUGUGGAGCAACGAGAAGCCAUCGGCCUUCGAGAGGGUGGACGCGACGGUGGCGCCGAGGAAGAAGCUCGCGUGGGGAAGUGGCGUCUUCUCGCAGCAGCAUUGCCCACACCCACCCCCGCUCAUUUGGGAGCGCCCGACCAAUCCCACCGCCUUUGAAGGAGUGCUAGCCGUGGCACCGUCGCGGGCAAUGUCGAGCAACCAGAAGCCAUCGGCCCUCGAGAGAGUAGACGCGGCGCUGACGCCACACCCACCCCCGCUCACUUCCCACCAGCAGCGCCCGGUCAACCGCACCGCCUUGGAAGGAGCGCCCAGGGCGGCACCCAGGCCGGCAAUGUGGGGCAGCGAGAAGCCACCGGCCCGAGAGAGAGUGGACUCGGCGCCACCGCCGACGAAGAAGCUCGCGUUGAGCGUACAGGGCACCAAUGGUACGGACAAGUCACCGGGCUUCCGUAUGCGUGUUGAUUCAGAUGAUGGGGUUUCCGACGAUGAGGGAGGCACUGCCGUGGCUCCAGGGCCUGGCUGCAACAGAAAACGUAAUCAGAUCCAACUCACUCGCCCUUUGUCGAAGCAGCCCAAGAAGAAGCAAAAACAUAAAGAACCGCCUAAGCAUGCCCUCAGCUCGGAUAAGCUAAUGGAGUUUAUAUCAACUUGGAGGCAGCCGUGCCUUCGACAUCCAGAUGAAAGUGACCUGAUCCUGGAAUCCAUGCUAAAUAGCUAUACACACACGCUAAGUCCGAGACAAAGGCAGAGAAUGAAACAUUGCUUCACACAAUACCCUGCCAUUGCCUUGCUCAAUUUUGCUGUUCGAAUAAUGGGAGCUCCUUCUUUAUGUCCGUCAUUAGAACCUGUGGUUCCCGUAUGCAUGGAUGCUAAACCUGGAUGCAGUAAUGGGGGCAGCAAUAAGCCUCCAGACAGUGUUGCAAUUGAGGAUGUUAUCAAGAGAACUACUGAAUAUUUUGAAUCCAACAUUAAUGUGAGUGACCUGGGAUCUUUGCAAGUGAAAAGUUCAUUCUCCCUGAAGAAACUUCGUGAAUGUGAAAUAUGGGUGACUAGUCAAUUUUCAGCCCAGCAAUUUAGUGCUCUUGGCCAUGGAACUUUCCUCGAGUUUCUGGAAAGACAUGGUCAUCAUUUCCCUCCUAACUGGAGUGGCUUCUUAAGAGGGGAACUUCCUAGUUCUUCCUCUCUGGAAGUUUCUGUAGUGCAGCAACAGAUUGGAGUUUUACUCUGUCAAGCUGAGAGUAACUGGCUGGAGAAUGGUGAAUUUUCAGUGGAUAGUUUCCGGAUGCUUCUGAAAAGACAAUUUCCAACAGUCGAUGUUGAAGUAAUGCAAAACAAAUUAGGAGGCCUCACUGGCAGUACUGAGGUUCAUGGAAAGAUCAUACAGACAAGUACCAUAAAAUUUUCCAUCGCGCUAUUGGAGAAACGGUGGUUUGGUGAGUUGUUGAAUCAUCAUAUUGCUCAACAAUCUUAUCCUGGAUCAGUUUCCUCGCAAGAAGCAAUAAAGUGCUUACUGAAGGCUCCAUUGUUAUCUGAUCUUCUUCUUUGGUCAAAUUGGGACGUGCUGUUUGCUCCCUCAUUGGGUUCCUUCACACAUUGGUUGCUGAAUAUAGGCCCAAUUCAGGAGUUAUCAUGCAUUGUGACCACAGAUGGCAGGUUCGUUAGAAUAGAUACAUCAGCCACAGUUGACCAAUUUUUAGAAGCCGUCAUUCAGCAGUCACCAUUUCAAGUGGCACUGAAGCUGCUUUCCUUGCUACACAUUUACAAUGGCUCUAGCAAUGCUCCAAUUUCGUUACUGAAGUGUUAUGCACAAAGAGCAGUGGAUGCUAUAAUGAAUACAAACAACGAUUUAAUCAGUACUAGUUCCGAAGGAAAAAUAUUUGUGGGCGAGGAACUGCAUACACAAAUUGCUGAACAGGGUGCGCGCUCUUCUCACUAUAUUGGCCGCAUUCAAGGAAGUUCUGAGAUCCCUUGUGUAAGGAGGCUUAUGUCUAAAAGCUUAUCAAACAUUGAUCACACUCUUCAGUUGAUUGCAAAAUUUAUAGUGGACUGUCUAGGCCAUCUACCUUCUGAAUUCCGGAGUCUGGCAGCAGAUAUACUAUUGUCAGGACUUCAGACUGUUACUAAGAAUUGCUACUCAGCUAUCUUGCAUGCAUGCAGUGAAACUUGGCAGCUUUGCAUGCUUCACAAUAUUGGGUUGUCACUUGGAGUUGCUGAAUGGGUUGAAGAUCAUGACACGACCUGUUUGACUGAAGAUAUUCAUGCACACGGAGAAAUUAAUUCAUUUUCUGUACCUGGAGGACAUCCACAUGAAAACACUGGUAUGCUUAAUGAUGCAGCUGAUGACACGAUAAAGGAGCGAAGCAAAUCAUUCCAUGGCUUGGAGGCUACAAAUAAUGAAAAUAUGGAUGUGUCUGAUCCUAUUGAAACCGAGGCAGAUAUGGCAGAAUUACUAGCCACUAACAAGCCUGCUGUGAUUGAAGAAUUAACUCUUGAGGAAGCAGCUCUUAUUAUUGAGACUAUACGUCAUGAAGAGUUUGGUUUGGAGCAGACACUAAGUUAUACUGAUGACAGCUUGUUGAAAAAGCAGCAUGCUCGACUUGGCAGAGCUCUUCAUUGUCUCUCACAAGAAUUAUAUUCCCAGGAUUCUCACAUAAUUCUUGAGCUAAUACAGAAUGCUGAUGACAAUACUUAUCUCAAGGAUGUUGAACCAACAUUAGCAUUUGUUCUUCAGGAGAAUGGAAUUGCUAUUCUCAAUAACGAGAAGGGCUUUUCUGCUGAUAACAUUAGAGCAUUGUGUGACAUUGGUAAUUCAACAAAGAAAGGAUCAAACAUGGGGUAUAUUGGAAAUAAAGGAAUUGGAUUCAAGUCUGUAUUCCGGGUAACCGAUGCUCCAGAGAUCCAUUCAAAUGGUUUUCAUGUGAAAUUCGACAUCACAGAAGGCCAGAUUGGUUUUAUCUUGCCAACUGCAAUUCCACCCUUCGAUAGCGAUCCUUUAAGUAGAUUACUAUCUUCUGAAGAUGGCUUUGAUGCAUGCUCCUUCUGGAACACUUGCAUUUUGCUUCCUUUCAGGUCAAGUGUCAGGAAGGGCACUGGUAUGUGCUCUGUCGUGUCCAUGUUUUCAGAUCUGGACCCAUCUUUGCUUCUGUUCCUUCAGAGGCUAAAAUGCAUCAAAUUCAAAAAUGUACUCAGCGGAAACUUUCUAGUUAUGAGAAGAAAGUCUCUUGCCAAUGGCAUCGUGAGGAUCUCACAUGGAAAUGAGGCAAUGAGUUGGUUGGUAGUUAAUAAGAAAUUACACGGCUCAAUUGUGCGUCAUGAUGUAUGCAGUACGGAGAUAGCUAUGGCAUUUCCUUUGCAGGAGACUGAGGAAGGACAGUACGAUCCUCAUUUGAAGCAACAGCCUGUGUUUGCUUUCCUUCCUCUAAGGCACUACGGUCUUAAAUUCAUUCUUCAAGGAGAUUUCGUUUUACCUUCAUCCAGAGAGGAAGUGGAUGCAGAUAGUGCAUGGAAUCAAUGGUUACUGUCUGAAUUUCCUUCUUUAUUUGUUAGCACACAAGAAUCCCUUUGUGCUUUACCUUGCUUCCGGAAGUCCCCUGGAAAAGCUGUGAAAGCCUUGAUGAGUUUUGUGCCUCUACUCGGAGAAGUUCAUGGGUUCUUUUCUCAGCUCCCACACUUGAUUCUUUCCAAGUUACGCCUAACCCGCUGCAUGGUUUUGGAGGGCUCCAGUCUACAGUGGGUCCACCCAUGCAACACACUCAGGGGUUGGGAUGAACAGGCUAGAAAGCUAAUGUCUGAUGCCUUACUUCAUGAACAUCUUCACCUUGGAUAUCUAUCAAAGGAUAUCAUUAUAUCUGAUACCUUGUCAAGGGCCUUAGGUAUACAUGAGUAUGGACCAAAGGUUUUGGCUGAUAUUAUCUCAUCUAUUUGCAGAACUGAUGGUUGUAUCAAAUCACUGGGACUGGAAUGGCUAUGUGCUUGGUUUUUCACACUUCAUUUGGCCUUGCUGUCUCAUUCUUCUCGCAAUCUUCCCUCAACAACAAGUGUUGAAAGUGAUGUCUUAUGUUCACUCAGGAAACUGCAAUGCAUUCCACUUUCAGAUGGCUCGUUUAGCUCUAUAGCAGAUGGCCCAAUAUGGUUGAAUUAUGAUCUUCUGGACUCUACAUCUGAAUCUAAAAUUAGCAUCCAGAGCUUCCCAGUUCUAUAUAAUAAUCUUCGAAUUGUGAGUCCUCACAUUCUCUCAAUGUCCUGCAAAAAUAGUUACAUUAAGGAAGAGAUGAAAACAGAUGACCUUAUAGAUAUUUUACUGAAAAUUGGGGUGCAGAAGUUGUCUGGACAUGACAUUAUAAAAAAUCACAUCCUCGUGUCACUGUCUAAUGCUACAGAUGCUAAUGCAGAAGACAAAAUAAUGACAGAAUAUUUGAGUUUCAUUAUGCUGCACCUUCAGUCAUCGUGUACAAGCUGUGACUCUGGGAAAGAAGAGAUUGUGUCAGAACUACGAAAGAGGCCUGUUUUACUUACGAAUAAUGGGUAUAAGUGCCCAGCUGAUGUACCAAUUCACUUCAGCAAACAUUAUGGAAAUUCGGUGGACAUAGGCAAGCUGCUUCAGAAUGUGGAUACUACGUGGAUUGAACUUGAUACUUGUUACUUGAGGCAUCAUAGUUCUGCUUCAUUGCAAUUCAAAUUGAAAAGUUGGAGGCAAUUUUUUGAGCAGUUGGGUGUGACUGAUUUUGUUCAGGUAGUGAAAGUUGAGAAAAGUAUAUCAGAGGUUGAUUAUGUUCUAGAUUCUACUCCUUCCCGAGAUGUCAUAUCUGGAACACCUUGUAUUGUAUAUGACUGGGAGUCACCAGAAUUGGCUAAUUUGUUAUCGAUGUUUUCUUCAAAAAAAUACCGAGAAAAUUCUAUAUAUCUUCUGAAGGUUCUUGACAAAACCUGGGACGAUUAUUACAGCACGAAAUCCAGAAGUCUCAGAAAUGCAACACAUUCUGGUGAGAAUGUAACAAUUGAGUCUUCCUUUAUGAAGUGUCUGCAAAACAUCAAGUGGAUAGCAUCAAGUAUGGACGAUGACCUUCAUUAUGCAAGAGAUCUAUUCUGUGAUUUGGCAAAUGUGCGAUCCCUUCUUGGCAGUGUUGCCCCAUAUGCUAAACCAGUGCUAUCAAGUAAAUCACUUCGGAAGGAUAUUGGAUUCAAGACAAAGGUAUCCUAUAGUGACGCUUUAUUGAUCCUGAAUCACUGGAUAUCAUCAAAAGGUCCUUUUAAGGCAAGAAUGGACCAGAUGUGCAAACUCUAUACCUUCUUGUCGGAAGGCGUGGCAAAUGGAGAGAUCAAGAUUAAACGGGAUUUCCUUUCACUCUGCUUUAUAUUUACACCAGUACAGUGUUCACGACCUACUGAUCUCGUAACUGGGAGAUUUAUGUCUUCAAAAGACUUAUAUUGGCAUGACCCAACAGGCUCUUCUGAAAUGACGGAUGCAUUUGUUUCAGCAAAGAGGACUAUGCUUCCAAGAAGAAUGUUAUCCAUGGCUUAUCCAAGAUUGCACGAAUUCUUUACUGAGAUAUGUGGUGUGCCAAAGAUUCCAACUACAUCUGACUACCUUGAGAUACUGUUACAGUUAUCAAGUGUUGCAUUGCCUUCACAAGUAGCUAAUUAUGUAUUUCAUGUAUUUGUGAGAUGGGCCAAUGACCUCCAUUCUGGAAGUGAUAAGAUGAAGGAUAUCUUGUACUUGAAAGAAUCUCUUCAAAAGUUGGAGACAACGAUAUUGCCAACCCUGGUCGAUAAAUGGGUGUCUCUCCAUCCAUCUUUUGGCCUUGUUUGCUGGGCAGAUGAUGAUCAGCUAAAGCAGCAAUUUACAAACUCUAGUGCGAUCGAAUUUAUACAGUUUGGUGAACUUUCUCUUGAUGACAAACAAACGCUACAUGUAAGAGUUGCUGCACUGAUGGACAUCUUAGGUAUUCCGGCACUUUCUAAGGUUGUGUACCGGGAAGCAAUAUUCUACGGCACAUGGAACAACAGGGAAACAGCUAGUUUUAUUAGUUGGCUUUUACCGUAUAUGCAACGUUACAUCUACAACAUGCAUAGAGAUGCUUACAACAGCUUUCAGCAAAAAGAGGCCAUGAAGCUUAGCAGUCUUGAAGUUAUUGUUGUUCAGAAGUUAUUCUUCAAGUAUAUGCUGAAAGGAGGUGAUAGUUCUUCUAAUAGAAGGUUUGAGUGCCAUUGUCUCCUCCAGGGAAAUAUUUUAUACGCUACACAAGAAGCUGAUUCACAUUCAGUUCUUUUCGAACUUUCUAGACUUUUCUUUGGUGGGUCUGGUGAUCUACACUUUGCAAAUUUUCUUCACAUGGUCAAAACCAUGUCAGAAUCAGGCUCCACAAUGGAUCAAAUUGAGUUCUUUAUUGUCAAUAAUCAAAUGGUGCCUAUGUUGCCUGAGCAGGAAUCUGUUUGGUCAUUUUCUUCCUCGUUUGUGGAAAAGGAAAUAUUCACUUCCCAAACAGUUCACUUGCAACCUCCGUAUGAACCCAGUCAUACCCUCAAGCGUAAGAGGAGCCCAGAAAUCAUUUCAAGCCAGCCGCCCAGUAAAAAAACAGACCCUGAUCUUACGACCUCCAAUAAAAGCCAGCAAGAGAUAAAGGUGAAUGAUAUGACAUCUCCACCACAGCUCAGCAAGCCUGUUGACUAUGGACACGCUGAAGAUACUUCAGUUCCUGUCAAGCUUGAAGGUGAUCAUGUUGUGAAAGAGGAUUUAACAAGGGAAAAUAAUUUGUUAGCCGAAGAAAGUACAAUGGAGGUUGGUGAUGAGCCUACUUGUUUGGACUUGGAGGCAGCAAUCUCACCAAGUCCGGUUGAUGAAACCGAGCUAACCUACGUCGAUGAUAAACUAACUGAUGCUGCAGAAGAGAAGGACAACACUGAUACAGGGUCUCCAUGUGGAAGCGAGUUAGGAGUUGGCACACCUGGUGAAGCUGCAGUACGCAAACCAGAUGAGCGGUCAAGAACUGGCAGGCUUGGUGAAGCUGCAGUGCACCAAUACCUUGCUGGGCAGCUAGGAUCAAGCAAUGUCAAGUGGGUGAAUCAGGAGAGCGAGACUGGGCUUCCCUAUGAUAUUGUCAUCACACCCGAGGGUGGUUCUGCAGAGUAUGUGGAGGUGAAGGCGACUGUGACUUCAAACAAGGACUGGUUCUACCUCACACCCAGGGAAUGGCAAUUCGCGCUGGAGAAAGGGGACUCCUUCAGCAUCGCGCAUGUCCUCUUGGCAGGUUCAGACAAAGCGAAAAUAGUGAUGCUGAAGAAUCCGCAGAAGCUUUGUCGCCAGCAGAAGGUGGAUUUGAAUCUUGCUCUCGUUAUGUCAAGAAAACAUAGAAACCUCCACCAAAUUUCAGUUGAGUUAAAGCCUGACACCAUAUCCCUGGCAGAUGAAUCUGCAUCUUGAUCAGCCUUUGUUAAUGCGGCUAUGCCUCCGUCAUUUCUAACUCUAGCUCGUAGAUUUUGUAUAUAACUACCAUAGCCCUCUAACCUGCUCUUUUGGCGGAUGUUCCAUAAAUGCGUUAUGUGCUAAUCCUUAGUGAAUGCUUCUACUUCUUU